AUGGCUCCAACACCAUCUUCGAAGUCGAAUACAACAACACCUUCAUCAAAAUCAAACAAUAACCACCAAUCAAAAACCCCUCAUUCAAAGCACCGCCUGAAUUUCACCAAAGAAACUGCCACUACGGCCGCCAUGCCUCCGACAGAGCAUCCAGUGGAAGUUAUUGGCAGAAUAAGAAACCAUCCGGACCAAAAAAACAAGCCUACUAUGAUCCCAUCUGUUCUGAAAAUCAACGUAGAUGGAAAAUCACUGAGAGCAAAAACUGAAAUUGGGUACAGGGAUUUUACUCUCGAUGGGGUUUCGUUUUCUGAAGAAGAUGAUCUUGAUGGGUUCUACAAGAAGUUUGUGGAGUCGAGGAUUAAUGGUGUGAAACUAGGGAACAAAUGUACCAUUAUGAUGUAUGGCCCGACGGGCUCGGGAAAGAGUCAUACCAUGUUCGGUUGUCCUAAUCAACCGGGGAUUGUGUACAAAUCUUUGAGGGGUAUUUUAGGAGAAGAGAAUGAAGAAGAUAGAGAGAAAAUAGGUGGUGGAACUUUUGUUCAGGUUAGCGUUUUGGAGAUAUAUAAUGAGGAAAUAUAUGAUCUGCUGUCAUCAGCUGAUACCGGUGGAGGUUUUGGUUUUGGAUGGGCUAAAGGAGGCAGUGCUUCCAAGGUGAGACUAGAAGUAAUGGGAAAGAAAGCGAAAAAUGCAACUUUUAUUUCAGGAAAUGAGGCUGGAAAGAUUUUGAAAGAGAUCCAAAAGGUGGAGAAGAGAAGGAUAGUUAAAAGUACGCUCUGUAAUGAGAGAAGUUCACGAAGCCACUGCUUGAUUAUUCUUGAUGUUCCAACUGUUGGAGGCCGGCUUAUGCUUGUCGACAUGGCAGGUUCUGAAAACAUAGAACAAGCUGGUCAAAAUGGAUUUGAAGCAAAAAUGCAGACGGCAAAAAUUAACCAAGGAAACAUAGCUCUGAAGAGAGUUGUUGAAUCUAUUGCGAAUGGCGAUUCUCACGUGCCAUUCAGAGAUAGCAAACUAACCAUGCUUCUCCAGGAUUCUUUCGAAGAUGACAAGUCCAAAAUUCUGAUGAUACUGUGUGCCAGCCCGGAUCCAAAGGAGCUGCAUAAAACCAUUGCCACAUUAGAGUAUGGUGCAAAAGCAAAAUGUAUAGUUCGGGCGCAGCAUACACCGAUUAAGGAGAAAGGUGGUGAAGAUUCUUCAUCAGCUGUUAUCUUGGGAUCGAGGAUUGAAGCUAUGGACCAGUUUAUCUACAAGUUACAGAUGGAAAACAAACUCAAGGAAAAAGAGCGUAUUGAGGCUCAGAAGAAGUUAAACAAGAAAGAAGAAGAAAUUUCUUCUCUAAGGGCCAAACUAACGCUCGUAGAAGGAAGAGGAAAGGAGGAGAUAUCCGAGGAGGAGAUUAAUUCGAAAGUAAAUGAACAGAAUCUGAUGCUGAAAAGGGAACUGGAGAGAAAGAUACAUGAGUGUCAGAAAAUGGCCGAUGAAUUUGUUGAGAUGGAAAGGAGGAAAAUGGAAGAAAGGAUGUUGCAACAGCAACGGGAAGUUGAAAUGCUCAGACAUCGUUUAGAGGAAAUUGAGUCUGAGCUUCAUCUUUUAAGGGCUGGAGGUGCAUCAGCAGACAUGGAUGGAAGCAGCUUUAUGAAAAGGCUGUUGGAGGUUUGUGCUGAGGAUUCAGAUAUGGUUAAAUCCAUGGAUCUAGACAGAUCAAUCGACAUGGAAACCAGUGUGGUUCAUAAAUCAGAUGUCCGUGGAAAUGCUAUCAUUUCAUGCUAUCCCAAUACGAGCAAUUUCAAUGAAAACAUAACAAAUUUUCCCAACAAAGCAUUCUUGAGCACCGUGUAUGAGGAAGAUGAAGAAAACGAGGAACAAGGUAAAGAGGAUCCCAUAGACGAGGAGGUUCAGAAAGAAGUAAUUGAGGAAAAGAAGAUGAUAGUUACACCAGAAUGUUCGAUUCAAUAUCCGGAGCAAAUUGAUGACUCUUCUAGGCAAAAAAGGAUUCAAAAUAUCUUCACCCUCUGUGGAAACUAUAGAGAACUUUCUCAACACAACAGAACUCCUAUGCCUACCCAAAAGAGGCUAGAAACUAUUGAUUCCUUGUCGACCCUAUCAAGGGCAGAGGGAGAACAUUCUGCUAAACUAAUGCCUGGUGACCUUUCCCAGCUUCAGAAUAGUAUUUCUAAAAUUCUUUCAGCAUCAAACGAGCACGGGAACAAGCAGAACUUGGAUGAAAACAAGCUUGGAAAAGUUACAGGUUUUGCUGAGAUAGCAAAGGUUUUGAAGGAGAAUCACAAUCCAGUAGAUGAAAGCACUGGUGGUGAUAUUGUUGAAGUAUAUGUGAAAUGGGAGGCGUCAAAGGAAAAUCCUGGGAAGUUCAUUGCGACAUUAAAGUUUUUGAAAGAUUCGACUCUUGCUGACUUACGGAAGCUGAUAGAAAUCCAUUUUGGUGGGGAGCAGCAAGAAUUUGCUUUUCUUCUUCUUGGGGAUCCCUCUGGUGCUCCGAUACCCAGAGAAAAGGAGGCAACAACUCGAACAAGCGAUCUCCCCAUUUGCAACAAUGGCCAUCUCGCUUGUCUGCGUCCAUUAAAGCCAAUUCAGCGUACAAUUCAUCUCCCAUUUAGUCCUCUCGAAAACAAGCUCGCAGCUACACCAAACUCGCCCCAUGUCACACAGCAAGGAGAUUGCUAUUCACCCAAAAUAGCCCAACACUUGAGUUCAACACCUUUUAUUACUGUCAGAAGAUAUUAG